AUGUCUUGGAAUAGUUAUUUUGAUGAAACGCCUCCUGAAAUAGGCAGACAUACUUCAGAAGAGUCUGGAUUUAUUAAUCAAAAAGGGCUGCUCAGAAGACAUCAAGAAGGGUGCUAUACGUCCCGAGAAGGGGUUGAACUCACACAACUACGGUGGGAAUCUUCUUGUUUCCCGCUUUAUGGUCUUCUUGUCCGUUGUGGUCUGCCAGAAGCAGUAUGGGGGACCUCCAGUAGUCCUGAGAAGGGGUUGAACUCACACAACUACGGAGGGAAUCUUCUUGUUUCCCACUUUAUGGUCUUCUUGUCCGUUGUGAGACGAUGCAUCGUCACUAUAAGUAAUAAGACACAAGAAAUGAUGGCAAACAUAGCUGAAGAAACCGUGGAAGAACAUAUAGCAAUGAGUAAAGCAGGAAAUGUAAGUCUUAAGAAUAAAAAUUCAACGAAUGCUAAACGAAAUAAAUUAAAUAGCCAGGAAAUUGAGGAAAUUGGCCAAUUAGCCAAUGAUGAGCUUGAAAAUGCUGACAACUUUGUAAGUAUUGAAAAAUUAUGUUUUUGGCCUGAGUUAGGAACCCUCCUAUUACUAACCCGCACGACACCUCUCCUCAAAAAUGUCACUUAUCCUCGCACUUUUACCAACUGUUGUUCAACUAAUUAUCGUGAACUUCUAACCAACAAACAUGUUUUAACGAAACAAUGGCAUGAAAACUGGGCAAAAUGGAGUCCUGAAAUGAAAGAGGAUGAAAAAAAAAAGUUCGAUUGUGCUCAAUUAGUAACAAGGAAUUUUUUUUCGACCUUAACGUCAAAUAGCAUCGAACAUAAAAUAGACGAAGAUACCUUUGUCCAUAGAAUAUGUCUUCAAAUUUCCGCAGCUACUGCAUUUCAUAUU